AUGUUUAUAAAAAUAUUUUUUUAUGUUUAACAUAAAUUAUUUAAGAAGAGGUUAGUUAGAGGGGCAUAAUUGAUUAAAAUCUUAUAGGUUUAGGGUAAAAUUAUUUAAUUUGUUACUUCUCAUGGAAAAGAAGAUAAAUUGGAAGGAGGUAAUCUUUGUUGAUGGGGCUUCGGAGGUUGAAGAAGAAGAAGAAGAAGCAGAAAAGGUGUCCCUUUUGCUUGCUUGCUUCUUGUUACAAAGUUUCUUGUUUUCUCUUUUCAACAACAAAUUGAGAAGUCAUGAUCUUCGUCGAUGGACUUCCAUUUCCAACCGAUUCCUCUCAGGAAAGGGGUGCCCUAGUAACGUUGCUGGAACACCCCAAGUUGGUAUCUGCCUCCAAUUCAUUCGAGGCUAUGCAGGAGGUGAAGUUAUCAGCAUCAAAGGAGAAUGCUUUGCAGGGUCGAUGGGUUUAUGUCUUCCAAAGAGAAUUCGCAACAGUUGACCCGGCAAUUAUAGAUAUGUUUCUUUUUCCGUCCUUGCAUGUGAAGUUUAUUGGCACUGAUGAAGCAACUACUUGCGUGGGCCUUGUUAUUCGGAACCAGAGAAAUGGAAUGACCUCAGUUGCCCAUAUGGAUUCUACCAUAGUUGUCGAUAAUGGCCUCACCCAAAUGUUGUCGCUUGUUGUUGACAAAAAUUUUGACGAUGACUUGGAUGUACAUUUGAUUGGUGGUUUUGAAGAUGUCUUACCUAAGCAAGCUAACGGCUCCACUAGUUCUAGAACCCAGGCAAAAGGGGAUGGCUAUUCCUUUCCUUUGUGUACCAAGAUAAUUGAAACUCUGCGUGAGAGAGAGGAAAAGUUUCACAUUCAAACUCUCUUUGUCCUUGGGCAUAACACCAAAAGGGAUUCUCAAGGGAAUGCAUACCCGGUUUUCAAUGGGUUUCUGGUAAAAACAUCCACUGGAUCCGUCAUCCCAGCCAGUUUUGAUAGAACUACGAGACGCCCAGAUGAAAUUGUCAGAAGAAUUCGAAUCUCUGCUUCCCAUGAGGACCCCACUUGGAACGGAAAGUUACUGGAGACCUAUGAUACUCAAAAUGAUCGAUUUGUGAUUGCUCCAUGCUCUUGGACGUUUUGGCAAGUACGAGUUGCUUUGACACUGCAAGAUCUUUCUGAUGAAGAGAUCCUCCUUCAGUGCUCUACUUCACCUUCUGCCGAGGGCCCUGAAUUUGUGGAUAAUUUAAGAAGGCAGUGGGAUUAUUUGAUCAAACAACCACACUGGAAUUUGACAUUCCCCACGAGGCUUCCACGUGUGUUUGAAUGGACUGCUGAUGGAUCCUGGAAAAGAUGCUUAUUUUCACCACAGGAUUCUUGGGAUGAAGAUGGAGCUCAAACUUCUUUUCAGAUGACUUAGAUCUCGCCGAUGAAUAUCAUUUUUCAUGCCUAUCCAUAUUUAUGAUAUUAUUAAUAAAUAUCCAAUGUUUAUGUUAUCAUCGAAGACAUAUGAUUAAAUCACUUGAAUUUUCCGGCAUCUCAUUUGCAAUCUGGCAUCUUUAUCCUCUGAAAAACAGUUUGUUUGCUCAGUAAAAUUUAUUCGUCUUUGGGAUAGGUGGUUUUGCUGUCCUGAGCGUGGUAAGUGGA